AUGCAAGAUCCAAACGAAGAUACCGAAUGGAACGAUAUUCUCCGACGGAAGGGAAUUCUCCCUCCCAAGCCAGUCGAGCCAGAGAUUGAGGAUCCCGAUCCAGAAGAACUUGAAGCUAAAGAUUAUGGAACUACUGUUGAUGAUCUUGAUGCUCUCCUUGACGACGAGCUCGACGAAGACGAGGAGAAAAUUAUGCAGCAAAUGAGAGAAAGUCGCAUCGCUGCGCUGAAACUCAAGGCUUCAAAAGAUAAAUUCGGCGAGGUGAAAGAAAUUACCGCUCAAAGUUGGACCCAGGAAGUCAAUCAGGCUGGCGAAGAUAUUUGGGUGAUUGUUCAUCUUUACGACAAGGGAGUUAUGCUUUCGAAUAUCCUCAACAACCACUUCGUCCAUCUCGCGCAAAAGUACAAGCAUGUCAAAUUUGUCCGUGGAGUUGCAAAGCAAUGUGUCCCCAACUACCCGGAUAAAAACUUGCCGACUGUAUUUGUUUACAGAAACGGAACGCUGGCGAUUCAGUGGAUUGGCGGAGGAAAUUUCGGUCCCGAGCCUAAACUGGAAGUAGUGGAAUGGAUGUUGCAUGAGAAGACGAUUAUUGAUUCCGAUCUUGAAGAAGACCCCAGAAAGAAGACGGAAGAUAUGUCCCGAUUUUGCUCCGCAAAAGUCAUUUUCAUCUAUCUAAACUACGUCGGAAAAGGCCAGAACAAUGAAUAA